UCGGCUGCAAAGCUCGUCCCACCCCCAUAGGACAGAUUGCCUAAGCAGGCCUGUUUGCUUCCUCUUCAGAGAUGGGAUUUCUUCCUAAACCUGUUGUCCCCAAGGAUCAUAUAACAACAUGCCACGAGGGUGGGAUCUCUGUGCUGCCCCAGCAACAGAAGGAAGUAGAAGAUAAGGUACAAAAACAAACAACCCUCGUUUGCUGCUGGAAGGGAGUGAUAACUGGCUUGUUUGCUCUGACUGUGCAAACUGAAACUAAAACAUGGCCUGUGUAUACCGAGCGUUUUGAGCUUUUUGUUAUUGCAAAUGACAUUACAGAGGAGAAGAAGGUGCCAGUAUUUGUAAGUGUUGUAGGGGCUAAGACCUACUUCCUGCUAUGCAUCUUACUACACCCCGUUAAGCUAGAGACCAAAUCUUACAGUGACAUUGUGGAAAUCCUGGGGUCCCAUUUUUCCCCAAGACCACUGGUUAUUGCUGAAAGAUAUAGGUUCCACAAAAGAGAGCAGAGAGAAGACGAAACAGUUGUACAAUUUGUAGCAACUUUGAAAAGGCUUGUGGAACACUGUGAAUUUAAGAUGUUGAAUGAUGCCCUACAUGACAGGUUAGUGUGUGGCCUGCCCAGUGAAGCUAUAUGGAAGUGCCUAUUGACAGAGGCUCAGCUUACCUUACAGAAGGCCAUUGAUAUUGCUGUCUACAUGGAACUGGCUACAAAGGAGGCACAAUCCAUCGGUGCAUCCCCUAGGGUGCAUGAGGUGUCACAAGAAUCUACCCACAAAACUGUGGGGAGUCAGGAAUGUUACCCCUGUGGUAAGCCGGGUCACCGUGCAUCAGAAUGCUGGUGUAUGGACCUGGUGUGUCGACACUGUGGCAAAAAGGGACACAUUGAGUGUGCCUGUAAACAAAAGAAAAGGAGGCCUGUGGUCUGGCCAACCAAAAAGGGAAAUCUGCAUAUCCUAGAGCAGACUCAGGAUGACCAAGGAGAUACCUCCUCAGAAGAAAAAGAGCCACUGGCUUUGACAGUGGGCUCACGUGAAUUCUGGGUAACCCCGUUGUUGGACAGCAAACCUAUACGCAUGGAACUGGACAAAGGUGCAGCUGUUUCGCUGGUCUCAGAGACGGUGUAUAAAGAAAAGCUACAGCAUCUUCCGCUUAAAGCAACAAAAACAGUGCUGAAGACAUAUACGGGAGAAGCUGUGUCCAUGUUGGGCACUACUGAUGUUUAGGUGGAGCUCAAUGGACAGGCUGCUAAAUUGCCACUGUUUGUGGUGAGAGGUAAUUACCCAGCCUUGAUGGGUAGGUCUUGGCUUAGGAAGAUCCAGCUGAAUUGGGCAGAAGUGCACCAAGUGACUAAAGAAGAAACCGGUCUUACCACUAUACUAAGGAAACAUGCUGCUGUUUUUGGAGAGGAUCUGGGACAUAUGAAGGGAAUCACUGUGACAUUGAACAUUAAACCUGACAGUCAACCAAAAUAUCUGAAAGCCAGAACUGUGCCAUAUGCCAUCAGGCCGAAAGUCGAAGCGGACCUGGAGCACCUGGUCACAAAUGGAGUCCUAAUACCAGUUACCCAUAGCCCAAUGGACAACUCCUAUCGUUCCAAUAGUGAAGAAAGAUGGCUUUCUCCGGAUUUGUGGUGAUUUUAAGGCCACUGUCAACCCAGUGUUAUGUGCAGAGCAAUACCCGCUACCCCGCAUCCAUGACCUCUUUGCAAGCCUGGCUCGGGGACAAAAGUUCAGUAAGAUUGAUCUGAGUUAAGCAUAUUUACAGAUGCACAUUGAUGAAAAGUCCCAAGAGCUGUUGACUAUUGUGACGCAUAAGGGGCUUUAUCAAUACUGUCGCCUACCCUUCGGAAUAACAUCUGCUCCCAGCCUGUUCCAGAGGGCUAUGAAUCAGAUCUUGUGUGGCUUGCCAGGAGUCUAGUGCUAUCUGGAUGAUAUCCUGGUCACUGGAAGGAAUGAGGAGGAUCACCUAAAGAAUUUAGAGGCUACCCUAC